AUGCCUAUAUGUAGAUCAAGCAAAAAGAAGUGUAAAGCAGGAACAGAAGUUCAGUUAGAAGUCGAAGAGAAAAAAGUAGAACCGAAACCGGUAGAAGUUCAGUUGGAAGUUGAAAAAAGUGGGAAGCCGCAAGCAACAAAAAAGAGUCAAGAAGAAGGGGAAGAAGACGAUUCGAAGCUAAAGUCAGCAGCAAAAAUUUCAGUGGAAGUUGAGAAAAUUAAAUUAAAGUUGAUAGAGUCUGAAGAUUUUAACGUGAACAAUAUGCAGUCAACAUCAAGUGUAUGCAGUAAUUCGGCAAAUUCAGUUGAAUUUCUCGAAAUGUUAAGAAUUCUAGAAGCCAAUAGGAGCGUAACAGUCGAACAAUUUGCAAAAAUUAUACCAGAUUAUGACGGUAUAACAGUUCCAAUCAGAACAUGGCUGGAGAAUUUCAACGAAAAUGCGUCUGCGUACGAUUUAACGGAAAAACAGAAGUAUGUGAAUGCAAGAAAUAAGAUGAGAGGAACAGCCAAAUUGUUCCUCGAAACGGUCAGCGUCUCAAACUACGAAGCUUUACGUGAAGCACUAGUCGAAGAGUUUGACGUGAUACUUAGCAGUGCCGACGUUCAUCAGAAGUUGAUACAACGGAAAAAGAGAAAUGAAGAGAAUUUUCACGAGUACGUACUUCAAAUGAGGAAGCUAGCAGCGCUAGGAACGGUGGAAGAUGAAUCAGUCAUUCGAUAUAUCGUGGAUGGUCUAAAGGUACGUGACGACUUGAAAUACCCUUUAUAUAGCGCCAAAACUUUUAAAGAGCUGCGAGAUCGUUUCGAAGUUAUACAGCAGAUGAGCGGUAAUCAAAUCAACAACCUGGUAGAGCAAAAACAAAACUACGCGAAGCCAGCGCAGAAGGGCAGAGACGUCGGCAGCGAACUGCGUGGAGUUUCGAAACAACAUUGUUUCAACUGCGGGUCAACUUCACACGCACGGUCACAAUGCGAAGCAGAGAGAAAAUGUUUCAAGUGCAAUGGUAGUGGGCACAUUGCAAAAAAUUGUGACAAAUCGAACGGGAAGAGGACAGUAAGCAUAAUAACGAAUGACAAGAGAAACAAGAGAAUGCAGAUCAACAACAAAUAUUUUUCAUGUCUGAUUGAUACUGGCGUGUAUGAUACUGUGUAUGAGAAACAUUUUAGCAAUUUGGAAUUGAGUAAAAGUUCGGCGAAAUUGUAUGGUUUGGGAAAUGUAACAACUACGGUUAAAGGUGCACUCAAAGCAGAAGUUUUGGUGGAUAAGAUAAAAUCCGAUCAUACAUUCCUUGUUAUAGCUGACAGCAAUAUAAGUUCCGAGGUGAUUGUGGGCUACGAUUUCAUUCAGCAAUUCCAAUUGGAAUUUAAUUCCGAUGGGUAUUUUUUUUCUGAAAAAAUUGAUCAGAAGCACGAUGGGACAUUUCAGUGUGUAUACAAUGUUGUAGAAUCGGGGCACGAAAUUGACGUUGCACCACAGUACAGAGAAGUUGUAAUGAAAUUAAUCAAUAAUUAUAAACCGGUUGCUAACCCUGCUGUACACCCUAUUCAAUUAAGAAUUGUUACAAAGGGAAAUCUACUAAACUUUAAUGAGAGUCCAACUCGAAUGUCUGGAGCAGAGCGUGGCGUUGUUAAAAAGCAAAUUGAGGAAUGGUUAGAAAAGGGUAUAGUGCGUGAAUCCACUGCAAAUAUAGCUAGCAAAGUCGUAGCCAAAAGUUCACGGCAUUCGUUACGAAAGGGGGUUUAUAUGAAUUUACUAGGGCACCAUUUGGUUUCUGCAACUCACCUGCGGUGUUCGUUCGCUAGGCCACUAACGCAGUUAUUGAAAAAAGAUGCAGCAUUUGUAAUGGGUGUCACAGAACAGCAAGCAGUACAGAAGUUGAAGGCAGCACUUACUCAAGACCCCGUUUUAAAGAUUUUCAAACAAAACGGAAAAACUCAACUUCAUGUCGAUGCAUCAAAGCAUGGCUUUGGGGCAACAUUGGUGCAGCAGCAUGAGAGCAAGUGGCAUCCGGUGUUUUACUGGAGCCGAAAGACGUCACCACAAGAAGAAAAAUAUCUAGCGACGAAACGUCUUCGUCAUUAUUUGAUGGGUAUACGGUUCGACCUAAUAACAGAUUGCGCAGCGUUUAAACAGACAGCUGCCAAAAAAGAUGUGCCACGUGAAGUAGUUCAGUGGCUCAUGUACUUACAAGAUUUUGAUUUUAAUAUUGAGCAUCGUUCAGCAGAUAGAAUGGAACACGUAGAUAACUUAAGCCGCUAUCCGGUUAUUGUAAUCGAGUCACACAUAAAAGCAAAGCGCAGCAAAAUGAUGAACAUCUGA